GUUUUUAAUUUUUUCAGCGCUUUACUAGGGUUUUGAUCUUCAAAAUCACAAGCCUCUAAAACCAUAACCACUCCUUCCUUAUUAGCUGCUACAGAGUUGAAUUCAUCGAUUCUGAUUUGAUGGCGUUUUCCUCUGCUUUUCGUCGCGUUCUCAACGGAUCUUCGACCCCGUCUUCCAUUUUCCAUUCCCAAUUUCGUCUCAAUUCAACACUCACAACCCCAAAGCUCUUCGUCAGUGGCCUCUCGAGGUUAACGACGGAUGAAAAGCUUAAAGAAGCAUUUUCACAAUUUGGCCAGCUUGUUGAAUCAAAAGUCAUUGUAGAUAGAGCGUCUGGAAGAUCAAAAGGGUUUGGUUUUGUUACGUAUGCAAACAUAGAGGAAGCUGAGAAGGCUAAAGAAGGAAUGAAUGCUAAGUACUUGGAUGGGUGGGUUAUCUUUGUCGACCCCGCUAAACCAAGGGAACCUAGACCCCCGCCACCUCAAACAGAGCCACAGUCUUCUGAUCUUGGGUUCAGAACCAACAAGACUGUCGGUUGGUGCGGGUGAUUGCAUGAAGAAACGUGAAGAUGCAUCUUCUGGAGGUCCCUGAUAAAUAAGUUAAAAGGUUAUGUUUCUAAAAAUGCACGUUGAUGGACCAUUUGCUAAUUUAUUUGUGACAAUAUCAAUUCAUUUAUGGUGUAGAUCACCAUUGAAUUUAUGUUAUUUUAAAUUGUACUAAAACUUUGUUGUGUAAGAACUAAGAACUAUAUUAACUAUGGGUUUAUACUAUUUGGAGUUGUUUGUGCA